AUGGCUGCCAUGAAAUGGAGCACAGAGCAGAUCGACAGGGUCCUCGCACUGAGCACAAAUACCCACGGCAUCAAGGCCGUACUGGGCAGCACCUUCUACGAGUCGGAAAUCCCCGCCAAUGCCUGCGGAGCCUGGCUAAAGGGGACGUGGGCGGUACUCCACUCCGUUCAAGAUUUGACCAUGCUGACAGCGAUUCUCUGCGAGCGCAGCCCCCGCAUCGCGUUCCUCUGGCUCGGCGCGUUCAUAACGGGUGCUCAUAAGGAACUCCUCGGGCGGCCAAGUGGACUGUUGGGUCUCAACAGGAUCGACCUCCACGCCGCGGCCUGGACAGGAGUCUGCCACACCUUCAUCCAGGAGCCUGUCACACCUCUGCCAGAAGGCGCGAAAUGGAUCUCCCGUGCGGAUGAGUGCCAGCUCAUGUUUCUUGCCCGGGAGCCACCCCGUGAGUUCCUCCGAUAUAUCCGUACCCGCCUCUUGGUACUCGUUGCCCCUGAACACAUGUUGCCCUUCUACAACACGGUCGACUACACGCAUAUGGAUCGAGAAAUGGACCUCUCUGACAGGGUCGCGGGUAAUCUCUUCGCCUGGAUGAGGGAGAUGGACGGCUUCACUCUCGCGGAGAGGGAGAUCUACAAGCAUGAAUGGGGAUACAAUUCUGACUCGGACGAUGAUGACGGCGGAACUGCCCCGGCAGAAGGGGAUGGUGCUUCCGCGGCCUAUCGGCCGGGUCUAUCGAGCCCAGAUGUCGGGCGCUGGAUGGCGCGGAGCGCGACGAAGCGUUGA